AUGGAGAAAAACAUUUUAUGGAAAGUGUUUUCCUAUUGUCAGCCCAAAACUGCCAUACGCAAUGGCCAAAAAGAAGCUGACCCCGCAAAACUUGACAGCAUGCUUUUGAAGGAGACUAUUGAGAAACGCCAACAGAUGGACUCACUCGUGCAGGCAAAAGGGUGUCUGGAAUCGGAACUGAAAAGGGCUGACUCGGAGAAGACUGAGUUGCUGACCGAGUUGACUGAACAGGUGAUUCAGCUGGAGAUUGAGAAGAAGUUGGUGUCUGUGUUUGUUGCUGUGCAGAAUGAUGGGGUUGCGGAGAAGCUGAAGAGUGUGGAGGUACAAAUGCGCGAUGUUUUGAGAGAGAAAGAUGGGAUUGAGAAGCUGUUGAAUGGAAAGGAGAGUGAGAUUGAUCAGCUUAGGAAGAAACUGAGUGAUGUUGGUGAUGAGAUUGCGAAUGAGAGGAGUGUUUACGAGAGGAUUUGUCUGGAGAAGGAUGAAAUGAAAAUGAAGCUUGACGCGCAAGUAGAGGAAGCGGAUGGAUUGAGAGUGAGAUUGGUAGAAACUGAGAAGCAAGAGAAGGAGAUUGAGUUAGAAGUUGAGAAGUUAAGGGUGGAAUAUGCUGCUGUCAAGAAGGAAAUUGAGGACAGAGAAAGCAAGAUUGAGUCGAUUGUGAGAGAGAAGGAAUUGGUUGAGAAUAGCCUGUUGGAUUCGAAUAAAGUGACUGAAGAACUGAGGGGACAGAUUGAUGUGGUUGUUAGGGAAAAAGAAAGGAUCGAAGUGGAGAGGAACGCAGAAGUGAAGAAGAAUGGUGAGUUGCAAAACACUAUCACGGGUCUUACUGAUUUGGUGCUGAGCUUGCAAAAGGAGGAGACGAAAUUGCGUGAUAAUUUGGACAAGUUGGAGAAGAAGUGUUUGGAAGGAUUAAGGAAGGAGGAAGAGAUGGAGAGAAAGAUAAAUGAACUUGUGAAGGGAAACAACGAGAAAGAGAUUAAAGUUGAGAGCUUGAUUGAAGAAAAGGGUGUUGUUGAGAAGGAAUUGGACGAGAAACACUUGGCUAAAUUCAAGGAUGUUGUUUCUGAAUUAGAGGUGUCUCGCAAUGGUCAAGAAGAGAAAUUGAAGAAUUUGGAAGCUGAAGAUGAGAUGCAAAAGGAAUUUGUCAAUGAGGAACAGAAUGGUGUAAACAUGAAACAGAUUGAAGAAAUGGAGGAUCACAUUAAAAAAAUUGCAAAGGAGGUUGAGCAAACCAAGGAUGAUUACCACGACGUUGUUAGAGAAAAGAAAGUGUUGGAAACUCAAUGUCAAGUGUUGAACAAGGAAAUUGCUUGUGUCCAAAUCUCACUCGACGAAGCACAGAAGGAAAUUAGUGCUAUGCAGUACAAGGUUGAGUUGGCAAACAGCAAGUCCGAGGAAAUCUUGAAUGCUUUGAGGACUGCUGCAGGUUCAGUCUGCUUGGAUGGUGAAGGUGCAAAUGUCAGUGUGGUUGGUGAAAAACAAAUGAAUGGGGAAGAUGUCAAGCCUUAUGAAGCAGAGUUGGAGGCCAUCAAGAAUGCAAUCAAGAAUAAAGAGAACAAAGUUGAGGAGAUCAGAGACAGUGAGUUCUUGCGGUUUUCAGAAGCUAAAGCACUAAAAAAGAAGAAUUUCUGGACCUUGUUAUCUUCAGCAACAACAAUUGUUGCUGCAAUGUCUCUUGCGUAUGUUGCUCGUGGCCAUUGA